AUGAUGGCAAUGUGCUCUAAGAAGGCCUAUCUGAAAAGAAGGAGCGUGGAUAACAAAUAUGAUGUCGAUACCAAUAUUUUCCAAGUUAAGUUCGACUGUUUGAAGGACAACAUAGUCAAAAUACAUUAGGGUGACCCUGUUAUGUGUUAACAAUGCGAGACUGUUCUGAAUAAACAUUCAAAAAUACAAGAAGAUGUUUAAAAUCAAUAAUUUGGAAAGCAACUUUGGAUAUGUGAGUUCUGCAAUCACAAGAAUUACGUUCAAAUAGAGAAAGAGGAAAUCCCUACUAAUGAAGACACCAUUUACCUCAUCUAAUCAGCCCAGGAAUAAUAAAUGCAAAUAGAGGAUGCUGACAACUCAAUCAUAUUUUGUAUAGACAACAGUGGUUCCAUGUCGAGUACUGUUGAAAUCAAAGGCAAGAUCAAUUUUAAACACGGGAUAUCUGCUGAGGAGUAUGAAAUGCUCAAAUAAUUCAUUGAACCUGGAGACGAACAUUAAAUAUGGCCACAAUUUAACACCAAACAUGUUACUCAUGUCUCCAGAAAACAAUGUGUUAUGGCAGCCAUUGAACAACAAAUAGGGGAACUGAAAAAGAAGAACCCCAAUAAAAUAGUUGGAUUAGUCACAUUCAAUAAUGAAGUUGUUGUUUAUGGUGAUGGCUCUGAAGUCCCCAUUACCAUAGCAGGAGACAGACUCUUUAAAUAAGACGAAAUCGAGAACUUAUUGGAUGGAACUGCAAAACAACUCAUGAAAUAUCCAGUCAAAGCACAAGCUGAAACUCUCUUGAAGAAAUUUGAGAAACUCUAAGAGAAGGGCCAGACUGCUCUGGGUCCUGCCUUGAUUUCCGCCUUGCAAUUGGCUAAGAUUGGCAAACCUGGAUCCAUGAUCAUUAUCUGCACAGAUGGAUUAGCCAAUUUGGGAUUGGGAUCUUUGGACAAUGAUGCAAACAAAUAAUUCUAUGAGGAUUUGGGUGCGUUUGCUUCACAAUGUGGAGUAGUGAUAUCAGUUGUCACUAUUAAGGGAGAGGGAUGCAAAGUGGAUAUCCUAGGAGCCUUGUCAGAGAAAACUAAUGGAACUGUUACCAGAGUCAGGCCUGAAGACAUUGAGAAGGAUUUCGCGAAUAUUUUGAAGGAUGAAUUGGUGGGAACCCAAGUUCAGUUAUUCGUGAAUUUGCAUCGUGCUUUGAAGUUCAGAGGAGAAGACGAUCCUACUCUGAGCAAUAAACUUAAAAGAGACAUUGGUAAUGCCACUAUUGCUACCACUUAAACAUUUGAAUAUCAACUGAAAAACGAUCAGGAAUUACAAAAGGAGUAGAUUGAUAUCAAGGAUCUAAAGAAUGUUCCAUUCUAGAUAAAAGUCAAUUACACAAAUUUACAUGGCGACAGACUUAUGAGAGUGGUCACUUAAUUGGUUUCGACAACAGAGAACGUGAAGGAGGCUGAAGAAGAGGCUCAAGUCGAAGUUAUUCAUAAAAGAAUGGCAUAGAAGACUGCUUAGAUUGCAAAGAAAGGAAACUAUUAGGAAGCAUAGUCAUACAAUGAUUAGUGGGAUGGUUAUGUCUAAAAAAAUGCUGUUAUUAAUAACAAUGUAUCCAACAAAGAGAAGAAUUUUAGUUUCUAGGCUCAUAAUUUGAAGUUACAAACAGCAGUGUAGAAGUAGGAAGUUAGAAAGGAAAAAGUGUAGAAACCGCCUCCUUAAUAACAAUCACAAUAAUAACAACCCAGCUUUUUUGAGAAAGUUGCAUCAUUUAUAAAAGGAGAUGAAAAGAAAUAGUAACAAGCAUAGAUUCCAGAACCUUCAUAAUAAAAGGCAUCCAUCCAAUAACAAGAUUCACCACAAUUAUAGAAGAGGGUAAAUCCAGUUAAACAAAAUGUUGAAAAAUGCAAAGCUUAAAAUAUGCAGUUAGAAAAGGAAAUGAAUCGUAAGAGAUCGUUAAGCUGUUCAGAUGAUGAAGAUGCAGAGAUGGCAGAUCUAUUUUAAUUUGAAUAAGGGAAAUAUUGA